UGGUCCCCGUUUCGAAUGACGGGAACGCGCCCUGGGUAGGAGGCCGCGCGUGCUGCUGGGGACACAACUUGUUCAAAUCUAAAGCUCAAGGUCGUUGACAGCCUCCGGUACCUUGGAUUUCAGGAAUAUCCUCUCCCGCCCCCCUUCCCCCUCUGUCAGAGCAUGGCUCAGGAGACCAAUCAGACGCAAGUGCCAAUGCUUUGCACUUUGGGAUGUGGUUUCUACGGUAACCCCCGCACCAACGGCAUGUGCUCUGUCUGCUACAAGGAACACCUGCAGAGACAACAGGGAGGGGGACGAUCCAGCCCUCCUGGAGAGAAAGCUGCUACAUCACCGUCAGCAUCACCAACAUCAACAAGUGUAACCGUGGAAGACACAAACUCGGAGCUCACUACAGAAGCAGCAGGAACCCCACCUGAGGAGCAGACAACCAGCCCGAGCUCUCCGAGUCCAGUAACCCAACAGAUGACGGCCAUGAGCAUCUCCCAAGAUUCGGGGGCCGUAGACUCUGAACGAGCAGCGGCUGAGGGAGGGGAGGAAGAAGACGAGGAGGAUGAGGGUACGUCCAAUGGCACAGAACCUCCGGGUGACGGAGCACAGGCUUCCUCUGAUGGUGACCAAACUCCUGAUAAAAACAAGAAAAAGAACCGCUGCUUCUCCUGCCGGAAGAAAGUGGGCCUCACUGGUUUUGACUGUCGCUGCGGCAACCUGUUCUGUGCCAUCCACCGUUACUCCGACAAACACGACUGUCCGUACGACUACCGGAGCGCAGCGGCUGCACGCAUACGCAAGGAGAACCCCAUCGUGGUGGCGGAAAAAAUCCAGAAGUUAUGAGGACUAAGUGCAAUAAAAGUCUCUAAGACUUUGUGAAUUUUGAACAAUGGCGACUUGGAUGAAAAACACCUGACAUCGUGGCUUCAUUUGUUCAAGGUAGUCUAACGCGGGCGGGGUGGGGCGACGCGGUCGCAGUUAAAGUCGAGACCCGUCCCUCGCCGGCGGCUCCCUCCCCCUCUCUCGCUUUCUCUCUGCUAGCGACCGCAGCGAAAUCUUGAGUGCCUGUUUUGUGGGUUUGUAUGAAAGUGUGUUUGUGUUUGCAUACAUCUUGCUUGAGAGUUAGGGAGAGAGUAGCAGGGGCUUGACGGACAUUUGUUUUGCCACGAGGAGGGAAGGGAUUUCAUUUUACCCCUUUUUUGUUUCUCAACUUGGAGGGAUCGUGUGAGUCUUUUUUUUUUUUUUUUUUUUUUUUUUUUAAACUAUCCCUGUAGGUGGUUGAAAUAAAAUGUGGAUAAGCUGUUUGGGAAUGUGCCACAGCCUGGAUAAUGACAUAGGAUUAUUCAGAGGGUGUAGUUAGUUAAAAAAAAGUCAUGUGUCAGACCUUUUAAGGGCUUUGGACUAUUUUUUUUUUUUUUUUCUUAGACUUUAAAUCCUGUAACCUUUGUAUUGAAAUUGCCCCCCCUCCCCUCUUUAACUCUCACGCUGUGGCUCACCACAUGUUGAAGUCCAAAGGCUCAGCAUUUUGCAGAUAUUUCUUUCUUUAUGUUGACAUGUCUGGAUACUGGGUGCAUGAUUGAUUGGGGAGGGAAAGGUCCGGGUACACGUUGAACCUUGACUUAACCGAGUGAUUGAAUCCUGUUGUUUGUUUUUUUUGUUUUCUGUUUUAAUGAGCGUAUGACAUCAGAAGAUCUAUAUUAAUAUAUUCUAGUUAGCUUGAAUUGUGUGAUUGCAUUCUAUUUAUUUUAUAUUGUUUGGUUGGUAUGUGCUGGAGGAUUGGCGGCAUGUGUCGGCAAAUUGUUAGGAUUUGCACUUUGCAGUUAUAUUUAAGUAAUUCCAUCUCCUACAACCAUGAGCGUAAAAAUAAUACAACCUCGUAUGGAUCGAAUUGCAGUUUCGCUGCAACCCAUGUAGUAAAAUUGCCUUUUUCAUCCUUUCUUUUUUUUUUUUUCUUUGAAACAAAGCACAACGACGGAGAUCAACUGCAGAGCACAAAACGUGUGCCACACCUGCUCGGGUUUUGUUCAGCAUCUUGGUCAUUUGAAGUUUAUGUCCGAGCUAUAGAGCAGGCUCGGAGAACAAAAAUUGCCUUCUAGUGAUGAGGUGUUCUAUUUGAGGUUUUCCUUGAAAGCCUUUUUUUUUUUUUUUGCUUUGUUUAAAUGUCUGUUUGUUCUUUGGAGUCGGAGCGAGGCUCCAUGUCUCUCUAACCACCAGCAGACCACUGACACAUGCUGAAUGAAAACUGAACCGGGUCGCAGUUACGCUAAACACAAGAAAACCCGUUCCGUUCAGCUGCAGCAAAGAUUGUCGCCGUGCUGUGCUCUAUACAUUGCGUUGUGAUUCAGAUGCAUAGAUGGCUUCUCGCUAACUCCUCUUCAGGAAGAUCUGACCCGAUGCAUGUGUGCGGUGGGACUCGAUUCCCUGCACCGCAACUUAUCUGCGUAGUUGGAAACGCUGGAGCUGUAAAGAAUAGGAGGCCACACAGCAGUAGCACAAUGCAUGGCUGAAACCUGUGGGGUUGAAAUUAACAGGACUCAACAGUUUUUAAUUUUUUAAUUUUUUUGUUUUUUUUGGUUUGUUUCCUCCAAAUGUAAAUACCAUACGGCUCCAAUUCAUAUAGUAUAAUCUUUAUGUAGGUUAUUGCCAGGUAAUUAAGGUGAUGGAUUGAGACGAAGAAUAGUACUGUGUGUAUUAAAGUGCUUUUCAUAAUUAUCCAAAAAUAAAAAAAAAAUAGAAAAGUGCCCUUAUUGGCACUGACAAUUUUACCGAUUUAUUACCCCACUUUUAAUGUAGAAUUAUUGCAUAUAAAAUUCAGUGUUUUCUGUAAGCCACCCACUGUUUGUAUCUUCGCCAAGCCAUGCUUCUUUUUUUUUUUUUCUCUACCAUAAUGUCCUCGUUAAGCAUUUAAUGUCCCUUGCUUACUUGGUAUCCUAAUCCACGCUUUUAUCCUGUUACUGAUAUUAAAGGUUUAAAAAAAAAAAAAGGCCCUGGUGACAUUCAGGUAUAUAGCAGUUGAGGUUUCACCUUUUCAUUAUUUAAACUUUCCCUGUAAGCGUCUCUUGAUCCUGAGCAUUAAGUAUUUAUAGAUGUGCGGCAAGGAAAUCGCAGGGUGUUUUUUCUUUUUUUUUUUUCUUUUUUUUUUUUUGAGUUUUCAAAAGAAGCCACCGUAGAUUGUGACCGACGGGAAGCUUUUUGCUCUCAGAUGAGUUUCGAUUUAACUCCUGGAUUUGAAGUCCUCUGUGACGGUGGGCGACGUGUCUGAAUGGCUGCUGGGGUGAGGGCUUGGCAUGCCAGAACCGAGGCCCAUUUAUCUGCGAUCGGCUGAGCAUCUAUAAACCCCGACUGUGAUUAAUUUCUCCUGCCGUUUUGCAUCUAGUGGAAAAUUGAAAUCCGGGAGGGGGGUGGAUCUUGGGUGAUGACGAGACAAAUAACGGUCUCGCUUUACGGAGACUUAUAGCUGGUGCAUCUCUGACUACAUAUACAAAAUUCCCAGACCUUCAAAUGUCGUUUUUAAUGCAGAACAUCUAGUUUUGCUUUACAGGUGAUUUGUAAAAUGAUUGUUCAGCUGCGUAAAUCAUGGGGGGGGGGGGGAGGGGGGUGCCAUGGUUUGUGCUUCCUGAUGACUGCUCAUAUCAGUAACCCAACCCUGUAAACAUGCUUUUUCCUAAUAAUCAUGAGCAGUUUGAAUGUAAACCACAAUAUUUCACGCAACACAUUAUGAUGUCAAUUUAACGGACUAUUUGGAUUUUUAUUUCGACUGUUUCAGGGAGAGAAUGGAUAGCCCGUUGUCAUUUCUUUUUUUCUUUUUCUUUUUUACAUCAGUGAUAGUUGAACCACUAACAUUGUUUAGACUGUGAUUUAGCACCAGCAGUUAGGGUUAGCAUUCCUACUUAGUCUAGAUCCCAUCAGUAUGUUAACCUAUUUUUCUUCUUCUUUUUAUCAAUUAUGUUCUGCUGUCUUCAAGUCAAUGUUAACAUAGCCGUUCCUAAGAAAGGUCUUCAUCAAACAGGAGGUUUAAUUGGUCAUGAUAAAUCUAUAUCUUAUGACUCUGGCUUAAGUUUUGUUUCACUGCAGGAGUAAAGGCAAAUAAAGAUUAUUUUGAUCGCUGUCGUUACCGUUGAAUCGUUUAGAGUUCAAAUUAAAUUUGCUUUCUUCAGAGAUCUAGUUCCUGUCCCUCUGCACUCCAGUCCCCCAGAGACACCACCAGAUUACUUCUUUUUUUUUUUCUUUUAAGAGUUAGGAUUGUAUGAUGUGUAAGAUUAAGUAUAAAAUAAUAAAAUCACAAAGUUUAUUUUAAAGUA